AUACAACAGGUAACCAAUCAGUCACGGCCCAGGACUUGCUCCCUGACAUGUCUGCCCCAGCCCUCCCCCUUGCCUACGUGACGGGCCGGAACAGGGGGGAGUUGAGGCAAAUAUGACUCCAGUCCCUCCCAGAACCCCCCCACAACCCGAGAGGACCCUCGUUUGCAGGCCUCUGUCAACAUGGAUCUUACUGACGUUCCUUGGGACCCUGGUAAAUCGGAGGAUCUUGAGGCAGUGACUCCUCAGUCUUCGCCCCCUCGUGAGGGAUCUGCUCUUUGCCCCAGUUCCUCUCUCGUUGAUGCCGAGAUGGAUUUCCCGUCCAUCGGCCCUUCCCAGGAGGUCUGCGAUCCGACUCCUCCGUCCCCGAUGCUCCCCUCCGACCCCGAAGAGGGCCGUCCGGCUCCUGUCCAAUCAGAAGGCCCCAGUCCCGUUGCCCGGCCAUCCCUGAUUGGUCAGGGUCAGCCAGGUAUCUUCCAAUCGGCAUGCUCCGAGCCCCAGUCCCCAGCCAAUGAAUGUGACCCGGAGAAGGCGCGUCCGAUUGGUGAGAUGCCCGCCCACACCUCCCCCGGCGACCGGGCGACAGGGAGGAGUCUCUCCAUUGGCCAAGGAAGCCCUGGGCCUUACCCCAGCGACCAGUCCGAACGGACGGAGCUCCCCGUCGGUCCGUCGGACCGCUCUCCCUGCGUCCGUGACCUGCUCACCGAGCUGGCCCGAGCCGCGGCCCCGGAGGUGGCCGAUUCCUCCGCGGGGGAAGAGGGUUCCGAGGAGGGGGCUCGCCCGGCCGGGCAGGGUCGCCCCGGCUCCGGCACGCCAGGGACGUCGCACGCUAUUGGCCGGGAGCUGGCCGAAACCUCGCCGGACGCAGACCGCCCCGCCGGGGCCCCUUCCGUCGGCCGGGGGCCGGCCGCGGACGAGCGCGACACCGAGAGGACCCGCCCGAGUGGCGGGGGAUCCGACGAGGUGGCAUCGGCUGAGCCCGGCGGUGAGAGGGCUGGCUCGGCUGGUCGGGGGCUGGCCGAGCCAGCUCCGGUUGGCCAGCAGACGGAUGGGACGCUUCCCUUUGGGGAGGAGCCGGCUGGAUUAUCAUGGGCUGACCGCCCCGUUGAAAGGACUCCCUCCAUUGGUCAGGAAGCCAGUGAGCCGUUGGCGGGUGACCAGUACCCCGCGGGGAAUGGCGGAGCUGGCGGGGACCUUGUUGAACUAUCCCCUGAUGACCAGCCCACUGGGAGGAAUGACUCCAUUGGCCAAGAACCUACGGAGUCGUCAAUGGACGGCAGGGUCACUGGGAGGGCUCAGGCCACGGGCCAAUCAGCUUCGGCACCACUGACGGCAGGUGACCGUCUCGAUGAAACGGCUGGCCCCAUUGGCCAGGAAGCCGCACUGCGCCCUGAGGGGAGUCACCCGAUUGGUGAAGAACUCAGCCACCACCCUGCUGAAAGGGGGCCUUCCAUUGGCCAGGACCUGGCGGACCCAACACUGGACGGCCACCACGUCGAAGGGGCUCGCUGUAUUGGCCAGGAAAUCUCCGAACCAUCGCCGGACGAUGAAGGCAUUGAGAGCUGUCGUGCCAUUGGUGGAGAACUCGCUGGAUUACCAUUGGACGGCAACCAUGUCGAAGGGGCUCGCUGGAUUGGCCGGGAAAUCUCCGAAGCAUCGCCGGACGAUGAAGACGUUGAGAGCUGUCGUGCCAUUGGUGGAGAACUCGCUGGAUUACCAUUGGACGGUCACCACGUCGAAGGGGCUCGCUGGAUUGGCCGGGAAAUCUCCGAAGCAUCGCCGGACGAUGAAGGAAUUGAGAGCUGUCGUGCCAUUGGUGGAGAACUCGCUGGAUUACCAUUGGACGGCCACCAUGUCGAAGGGGCUCGCUGGAUUGGCCGGCAGCUCACUGAGCCGUCAUGGGAUCAGGAAGACACUGAGAGGACUCGCGUGAUUGGAGAAGAACUCCAAGAGUCAUCGUCAGCCGGUGACGGCAUUGAAAUGGAUUAUUAUACCCGCCGGGAGCUCACCGCGUCGACACCGGGCGGCCAGCGCACGGAACAGACCUGCCCAAUCGGUGAGGAGAUUGCUGGAUUACCGCUGCUGGGAGGCCACCACAGCCCAAGGACUCUUUCCAUUGGGCAAGAGCACACGGAGUCAGUAUUGGACGACCGCCACAGUGAAAGGACUCACCCCAUUGGCCAGAAGCUGAUUGAAUUACCAUUGGAGGACCACCACAGUGAAAGGGCUCGUCCCAUUGGCCAGCAGCAGAUUGAAUUACCAUUGGAGGACCACCAGAGUGAAAGGACUCGCCCCAUUGGCCAGCAGCAGAUUGAAUUGCCAAUGGAGGACCACCAGAGUGAAAGGGCUCGCCCCAUUGGCCAAAACCUCACCGAGUCGCCGUUGGACGGGGGGACUCGCGCCAAGGGUGAAGGACUUCACGAGUCAGGGUCCGGUUUGACAUCGCUGGCGCCAGGUGACCAUCAGAAGGAAACGGUUCACUGCGCUGGCCAGGAACUCUCGGCGCCAACCCCGGGUGGCCCGCACGUCGAGGGGGCGCCGCCCCCCGUUGGCCGGGAAGACGUUGGCGACCGCCCGGACGACAGAGACCCCCCUGGCGACGGCCGGGCGGAGAGGAGGGACGGGGUCAGCGGAGGGCCCCGGGGCCCCUACGAUGGACGGGAGGAGGGAGGAGGGGAGGAGGUGGUGGACGGGCCCAGGGGCAAGGUGCAGGUCUACUUCCUGGUGGGCUGCCCGGAGGAAGCCGAGGAGGAGGGAUUCCGGAGGCGGGCAGCCACCCUCCCCGCGGGGAGGCCCAGCGAGGCAGGGAGCCAGAGGAGAGCUGGGGCCACCCUGAGGAGGCAGGACGCCCUGGAGGCGCAGGGCGAGGCGGGGUGGGAGGCCGAGGGGCACCCACCCCUGGCCAAGAGCAGCAGCUGCCCCACACCGGAGGAGCGGGAGACCGGGCCGGCCGAGAAUCCGUCGGACACACGGAGCGGGUCCCGGGACUGGCACCGCAGGGGCAUCCGCAGACCGUCCAUGGCCACCAUCAUCAUGCAAGGCGGCGAAGAGGGGAGCGCGGAGGGCAGCGCUCGGACCGAGACGCCGGACGCCGGGGGUUCCAGGCCCGGUGAGGUUAACCUUCGUCGGAGAGGGUCGAGAAUCCUGCAAAUCUGCCAGCCCCUCUAUCAGGAGUACAUCCACCAGGCGCUGGACCGGGAGAUCCGGAGGCAGAGGCCCAGUGACCCGUGUCCCUCGCCGGAGGGCCUCCGGGGCAGGCGGGGCCCCAGCCUGCUCCAGAGGGCCUCCCUGGGCAACCCCACGGGGCUGUGGAGGGACCUGCCGGAGGUGAGGAACAGCACCGACUUGGACAGCCUGAGUCCCGAGGAGAGCAAGCUGCAGGAGGUGAGCAGCGGGGAAGGGAGGGCAGAAUCGGGCCGCCCGGACCAUCGAGUCCGCUCCGCCGUUCAGUCACGGCCGGUCCUUUCUUCCUGUCUCCCCCUCGGCCCCAGUUCCCGGCCGUCUCCCCGUAACCGUUGAUCAGGAACCUGUCGA